AUGAAUACCACGUCAUGGAAGCUUUCGGCGGAUUAUACAAAACAUGUAGUUCCAAAUCUUGCUGUUUUGAGGGAAUUUAAAGUGCCCAAAUCGAGUAUUGGAUUGUUAUUUGCUAAUCCUGCCUCUGUAUUGAAAAAGCAUGAGCAGUUUAAGGAAAUGGUUAACAUGGUAAAGGAGAUGGGGUUCGAACCUUCUAAAUCGACAUUUGUGCUAGCGUUGCAUGCCAUUUCAGGGAAGGGUAACAACUCCAUUUGGGAUCGAUGCUAUGAAUCAUAUGGGAAGUGGGGUUGGUCCAAGGAUGAGAUUCUCUCGGCAUUCAAGAAGCAACCACAAUGUAUGGUUCUGUCGGAGAAGAAGAUUGCAAGAGUAAUGGACUUCCUUGUGAACAAGAUGGGGCGGCAUUCCAAAUCCAUUGCAAAUUAUCCUACAAUUAUGCUUCUGAGCUUGGAAAAGAUGAUUGCCCCGAGGUGCUUGGUUAUUCAAGUCUUAUUAUCGAAGGGCUUGCUCAAGAAAGAUUUGAGCUUGAGUACGAUAAUGACGCCACCGGAGAAGUGGUUCUUGGGUAGGUAUGUGAUUAGAUAUGAAAAGGAAGUUCCUCAACUAUUGAGUGUAUAUGAAAGAAAGGUGGAUGUUCUGGAUGUUAUAAAUUGAACAGCGAUGGGUAAAAUUUUGAAGCAAAUUUGCUUUUUCCCAACUCGUGGUUACUAAUUAAUUUUCAGUGCUUCGUUGUAUUA